AUGGUGGAUCGUAAAGCUUCAGAGGUCCCAAUGGACGGGAUGGAGACCCUGCCUCCUCCGGAGGUUGUAAUUGCAAGCCGCUCAGGAGAUGUGCUCAUCAAACAUACAACGCUCAAGGCCGACCAUUUCCCAAGUUGCCAUAACACCAAACUUGUUCCAAUCCUCGAGGGUGCUCCCAACUUCCGCCAGGUUCCCGAAGUCCCGGUGUACGGCGUGGCCAUACCCACAGUCACCGGGCUGCGUACCGCCCUCAAUGCCGUGGGCGCCAACAAAGGUGCUCGCAAAGUGCUGUGGCAGAACCUUAGGGAGGAGCCCCUCAUCUUCAUUAACGGUAAUCCGUUUGUCGUACGAGAGGCAGAUCAACCGUUUUGCAACUUGGAAUACACGGGAAUCGAUCGCAGCCGCGUGGAGGAUAUGGAACGUCGCCUCAAGGAGGAUAUUCUGCAGGAGGCAUCCAAAUUUGGCAACCGCAUUCUGGUCAAACACGAGAACGAGGACCUGUCGUUGUACGACCAUUGGGAGCCUGUUACGGCAAUGGACGUACAGACGCCCAAUGAGGUGUACGCCGAGCUCCGAGCUGACGGCUACUUCAUUGAUUAUCGCCGUAUUCCGGUCACCGACGAGAAGGCGCCGAAGGACUCGGACUUUGAUGUGCUCAUCAGUCGCAUCUGGCCCAACUUGGGCUCGUCCGCCUUCAUCUUUAACUGCCAGAUGGGUCGCGGACGCACCACCACCGGCACCAUCAUCGGCACGUUGCUCUACCUCCGGAAGUUGGGGGCGUUCCCCCCCGGCGCCAACAACCUGCUGGGCCCUAUGGGGGCCUCGGGCGGAAACGGAGAGGCGGCGUCGGCGAUGCCGUCGUGGUUUCGUACGGCACUGGCGGCAACGCCGCCGGUGGGUGAGCAGACGCGCGACAAGCUCAAGUGGGGCAUGUACGACGUCGUACGGAGCUUGCUAAGGGUUUUGGAGAAUGGCACGGAGGGCAAGGCGGUGCUGGACACCGCCAUCGACGCGUGCAGCCAGAUGCAGAAUCUCCGGGAGGCCAUCGGCUCGUACCGCAGUCGCUUUCUCAAGGAGAUGCGAGAGAGACAGAGGGCUGCGCUGCUGGCAGUGUGCCUGGAGUACCUGGAGCGCUACUACAUGCUCAUCGCCUUCGCCUCCUACCUGUACUCCCCCUCCUUCAACCCCGACCUGCCCACUCAGUCCUCCUUUGCCGACUGGAUGGCCUCCAGGCCCGAGCUUCGAAGCAUCCUGAUGCGGCUUCUUCGCCGCAACUCCAUGGCCGCUCUCGACCUCCACGUGCCGGCUGAGCUGGCGGCCGGUGCCGCCGCGACCGCCGGUGGUGGUGGUGGUGGUUUGGGUCCCGAGGCUCCCCUCCGGGGGUCGACCACCAGCAGCGAUGUGAUGGCGGCCAGGAGCGGUGCAGUGCUGGGUCCUUUCACCAUCCUGAAGGAGGACCAGUUCCCGGGCAUGAAGUCGCCCAAGAUCUCCCAGUCCAUUGAGGGUGCUCCCAACUUUAGGGGUCUGCCCGGAAUGCCCAUUUUUGGAACCGGCAUGCCCUCUAUCGAGGGCAUCGUUGCCGUACUGAGGGUGGUUAGCGGCAGUACAUCCCCAACCGCCAGCAAGCGAGUCCACGCAUUGUGGAUCAACAUGCGAGAGGAGCCCGUGGUUUACAUCAAGGGACGGCCUUUCGUUCUUCGCGAGGAGCGUCGUCCGCUCAAGAACAUGGCGGAGUAUGCGGGGAUCGAUGCUGAGCGGAUCGCGUCCAUGGAGGAGCGCCUGAAGCGUGAUGUGCUGGCGGAGGCUGCGAAGUUUGGCGGUCGCAUCUUGUUAGCUUUUGAAAGCCAGGAGGAGGGGCAUUUGGGUGAGCUCAACGACCUGUGGGAGGACAUCAGCGGACCGGGGGACGUACAAACCAGCGCCGAGGUGUACGACAAUUUGACGAGCCAGGGUUUUGCGGUCAAGUACUUCCGGGUUCCGGUCACGGACGGCACGUCACCCUCCGUUGAGGACUUUGAAUCCGUACUCCGUUCCAUUCUGGACUGGGGUUUGGAGAACCCCGUUAUCUUCAACUGCCAACUGGGUAUUGGUCGUACAACCACCGGCAUGGUGAUUGCGGGGCUGGUCCACCUCUACUCUACCGGAUCACUGUCGGGCGUGGCGGAGAGGACGGGCAGCGCGCUUAUGGACGGCAUCGACGAUGCAGCGCUGAGGCGCAUGCUGUUGGAGGGUGUAAGCCCUCGCAGCGAUGCCGAGGAGGAUGUGGACGGAGAGCAUCGUGAUGACGACGAUGAGAAGGUUCCCAAGAUUUGGGAUCUGGAGCCGGAGGAGGUGGAGCUGCAGCGGUCUCUGGCGGGUGGCGGGUACGUGGGUGUCCGGAAGGUGGCUCGGCUUCUAGAGGAGGGCGAUGCCGCUAAGAAGGUGGUGGACCAGAUCAUCGACGCCGCCUCGGACGUGAUCAACCUGAGGGUAGCCAUCAUGAACUCAGCUGCAGGCUCUUCCUGCCGUAGCUCCCCAGCGCCUCCCAGCCCCGCCACCACAACCGCCAACGGCCACGCAACGGAAGCCUCUUCCCCUUGUUCGGUUGCCGCAACUGCGGCGACGGCGACCUCGCCGCCGCCGGCGCCCGUGACGCCGAGCGAAUCUGGCGGCGGAGCCGCCGCUGCCACUGACGGCGAAGCUGGCGGCAGCGGCGGAGCCACCACCGUUGGCGGCGGCAAACCCGACGACGUAACGCACCUCGUGGAUCUGUAUCCUGGCUCCAGCGUGGCGCCUUUUUGGGAGCACGUGGAUACGGAUUCCGCUUCGUCCUUGCUAACACCGCUGGAGAUGAUGCAGCAGUUAGAGGAGCGAGGCUUCCGCAUCAGCUAUCGCCGCAUCCCCCUCUCCAGAGAACGCACCCCAGAGGCCGCCGACGUCAACGCGCUCCACUCGCAGCUCACCGACGUCACCGCCGCCGCGCUAGAGCCCGCCUCCGUCGACGCCCAGCCCCCGCGCGUGCUGCACCUCAUCCUCUCCCGCACACCUACAGGCUCGUCCGCGCGCUUCGUCGCGGCCCUCCUAGGAACCUACCUCUCCUGGGAACAGCAGCUCCAGAAGAUGCAGCGGCAGCAGCUGGAAAGCGGCGCAGCGGGGGGGGCCUCGUCGCCGCCGUCUUCUCUUGCGACGCGGCUGGCGGGGGGAGGAGUGUCGUCCGGGCUGUCCAUGAUGUCGCUGGACGGGGCAGCUGGCGAGUAUAGGGGGAUCAUGUCGCUGUGUCGGUUGAUGCAAGGCGGUUUCGAAGCAAAGUUGGCGGUGGAUGCGGCGAUAGCUGCGGUGGGCCAGCACGUGGGUGACCUCCUGCUGGAUAUUCACAAUUGUAAGGCCCAGGCCGAGGCACCGGCAGCGGCACCAGUCGCGCCCGCCGGCGGCACCGGCUCCGCAGCGGUGGCAGUGGCUGCCCCCCUGGGCCCGCAGUUCGCUGCCCGCCAGCUGGGACUGCACUACCUGAAGCGAUACUUCCUGCUUAUCACGUACAGGUGCUAUCUGGAGCACGGAGCCCACAGGAGCAUCAGCUUCGCGCACUGGGUGCAUCAGCAGCCGGAGCUCCACCAUCUGGCCAACCAUCUGACGUUGGAGCUGUGAACCAAUGGCAGGGGACGGCAAAGAAGAGGAGGUCGAAGCGGCGUCAAAAGGAGCGCCUGCUGGGGAGAAGAGAGGAGGAAGAAGAAGGGCGAAGGAUGUAACGGCAAAUUGCGGGGAACGAGGAGGAGGAGGACGAGGAGGAUGAGGAGAUGGGAUGUCGGGGGAGGUCUUUGUGAGCCUGCUUGCAAAUGUAGAGACCAGCGUCGUAUGCUGGGAGGACCAGCGCCGUAUCGCGGCGUGUGUGAUGACCCUGUGCGUUUUUAAGGCUCUUUGCGCAUUUUUUUAUUCGUUGGUGAUGUAGAUAGUUACAAAAUAAAAAAAGACAUCGAUGGGAUAUGCGCAGCAGGCGAGCAGACCCCAUAACUCGAGAUUUCGACGUAACCUGGCCUGGAUGGAUUGUGUUGUCAUAGUUGUUGCCAGGCGAGUCUCUUGUAUAGUGACUGUUU